AUGAAUUUUUUUCAUACUAUUCAAGCCGCGGAAACUUUAGAGGCCGCACAUCCUAAAGCUUCUUCAUCUCUCGAGAUAUUACGAAAAACACCAACUUCAGAAAAGGUGCUCGGACAACAGAAGCGUGUUUUUGAAAAUUUUGCCUCGGUUGAUAAAAAUGGUCAAAAAUAUAUGACGCAAGAUGAUUUCAUCGCGGCUAUUGCACCCGACGAAGAUUAUAAAAAAAUACAAAAAGAACAAUUCGCGAUCCUAUUUCGGGUUGCUGACGCUGAUCGAAAAGGUUUGGUAUCAUUGCAAGACUUUGUCGUUUUCGAAAAUUUAUUAUCGAAACCGGACGCGGACUACGAGAUUGCGUUUCGGCUAUUUGACAUUAAUGGUACCGGCAAGGUUACCUUUGAUCAAUUCAAAGAAAUCUUGAGUGCGAAUUUGGGACCAGAUAGCGUUCCUUUUGAUUACAAUUGCGAUUGGUUGAACUUAUAUGUUGGCGUUGAUGGGAAAAAGCAUGACCUCGCAUAUGAGGAGUUUUCGCAAUUGUUAAAAGGGAUUCAGGGGGAGCGUCUUCGACAAGAAUUCAAGUAUUAUGAUAAAGAUCAAAUCGGAUUUAUAAACCCGGAUGCCUUUAAAAAGAUUAUUUUAUCGAUUGCGAAGCAUAAGCUUUCCGAUUCGUUAAUAGAACAUCUACCAACCUUGUGUAAUGUAUCAGCUGGUAAUAAAAUAAGUUAUGCAAACGUAGUUGCAUUUUAUAAUGUGGUCAGGCAAAUGGAUAUGGUUGAACGGAUUGUUCUUAAAGCCAUUUCUCAAAGUAGCGAUGGUCGAAUCACAAAGAAUGAUUUCUUAAAUGUGGCGGCCAAGUCGACGCGUUUCUCGCUAUUUACUCCAUUAGAAGCUGAUAUAAUCUUUCAUUUUGCCGGUCUCGGUAAUCCAUCCGGUAGAUUAGGUUUAAGGGAUUUUGCACAAUUGCUGGAUGCGAAAUGGCAACAACAACCACAAAUUAAGACGGUAGUUGAAGUACCAACAAAAAAACACGAGGGAAUAUGGUGGGGAAUCUUACACCAAAUUUAUUCUUUUACAUUAGGUGCAAUUGCUGGUUCUUUUGGUGCUACCGCUGUUUAUCCCAUUGAUCUUGUAAAGACACGAAUGCAAAAUCAACGAUCAAGAGUAGUCGGUGAAUUACUCUAUCAAAAUAGUGUCGAUUGCUUUAAAAAAGUCGUAAAAAACGAAGGCGUAUUAGGCCUCUAUAGCGGAUUAGGACCGCAAUUAGUUGGUGUGGCACCAGAAAAAGCUAUUAAACUGACAGUAAAUGAUUUUGUUAGAAGAUUAACGAGCGAUCCUAAAACAGGUGAGAUUACAUUGGCAAGUGAAAUAUUUUCUGGGUCUACUGCUGGAGGUUGUCAAGUGAUUUUCACAAAUCCAUUAGAAAUUGUGAAAAUUCGUUUGCAAGUUCAAGGAGAAUAUUUGAAAAUGAACGUAGAUGCACCCCGAAGAUCUGCCAUCUGGAUAGUAAAGCAUCUUGGUAUCGUCGGAUUAUAUAAAGGCGCGUCCGCCUGUCUUCUACGUGAUAUUCCAUUCUCUGGCAUUUAUUUUCCGGCAUAUGCUCACUUAAAGAAAAAUGUUUUUAAAGAAGGACCAGAAAAAAGACUUAGCAUCACUGAGCUUUUAUUAGCAGGCGCAAUCGCUGGUAUGCCAGCUGCUUAUUUCACAACUCCGGCCGAUGUAAUAAAAACACGUCUUCAAGUAGAAGCACGUACAGGAGAAACUGUAUAUAACGGUAUUGUGGAUGCUGCACGAAAAAUUCACCAUGAAGAAGGUUUUAAAGCCUUUUUUAAAGGUGGACCUGCACGUGUUCUUCGAUCCUCCCCACAAUUUGGUGCUACACUAAUGGCUUACGAGGUAUUGCAGCGAUGGCUGCCUUGGGGUUCUACAGAAGAAAAAGUCGGUAGAGCGGUUGGAAGUGCUUCAGAAACUGGCGAUUUGGGAUAUUUGAGAAGUCGGAAUGCACUAAAGAUCCUUUUGGACCUUGAUUACAAAUUCGGUGUAUCUCCAAAGUCAUUUCCCGCGCAACAACAACAACCAUAA